CCAUCCACUCUCAUCCUCGACUCAAUCUCACUCUCUCCUCAUUUCUUCUUCUUCUCGUUUUCUCCUCUGUGUUGCAACCCGUCACAAUGUUUUCUUUCUUCUUCCUACCAUUCUCCCAUGCCAACACCUUCUCAUCACCAACAUAGUCUUCUUCCUCUCUCUUUCUCUUUUAAUUUUCUUUCCCUGGGCAUCAUACAAACGCACAGCACCACACAUCAUCAUAGCUUUUUCUCAUUCCUUUACCAACAAAACACCACCACCAUCAUUAAAUCACGUGGACAGCACCACAACACUACUACAAGCUUGCCAUCUUCUUCUUCAACAUAUCACCACCACUCCUCACUAUCAUUAUCUUCUCAUGUUAUGGGUACGAAGGACGAAGCGCCUCGCAGCGAAGCUAAAGAAUAGAAGGAAGCGAGCCGACGUGGAAAACAAAGAUGUGAUUGGAUUGAAGUUGCAGUUUAGGAAGGAAAUUGGCAAAGGCGAUGGAGAAUCUUCAAUGGAGCUUGAUCUUCGUACGAGUCUGAGAGAAGAACUUGAAGAACUGUGGAUGACUCGAAGAAUAGAGUCGGGUGUAGGGCUAGAGCCUUGGGUUAGAGAGCUUACCGUUAUUGGUUUAAGCUUGCAUAAAGAUUUUAGGAAUUUAUAUUUGAGGUUUCGGGUAGGUUCCGAUGCAAUUGCUUUCCUGCGGUUCCCCGAUGUGGAGAUCGUAGGGAGUAUGUCGGAUUCAUGGUGUCAUUGCAUAAUAGGUUUUUUGUUGAGUUGUUUCUAUUGGCUAGGUUUUGUAGUUGGGAGUAUGCAUGACAUAUUUUGGAAAUACAUUUGAAAAGAAAAAAUAUACUCGUGUUUAUACAUUCGUUUGGAAAAUAUUGCAUAUUUAUUUUAUUAGCUUGUUACCGUAACCCUUGAAAUUCGGGGCGUUACAACCUUGAUCUUCAUUUUCUGGUCGAUUUGGGUUUGUUGCUUUUCACGUUCUUGGUUUUCUGGUCGAUUUGGUUUUGUUGCUUUUCACGUCCUCUAAUUUGGGUUUUUUGCUUUUCACGUUCUUGCUUUUCACAGAUCUUGGUUUUUCACGUUCUUUUCUUCUGUGUUUCUGGGUGUUUUUCUUCUCAUCUUUUUCAAGGUCACCAUUUUCUUCACUUUCAUACCACCAACCACACCAGCAUCAAGGGGGAAAGGUGAACAAGUGGCGAUGGUGGGGUGAAGAAGUGGUGGGGUGGAGAAGAAAGGAGAAGCAACGGCGGUGGUGGGCUGAAGAAGUGGUGGGCGGCUUGUUAGGAUGGAGAAGAUUGGAAAAAUUUGUUUCCCUUAUUUUAGGGUUUAGGAUUAGUUUGUUGUUUUUUUAAACUGGGUUAGUUUGUUAAUUGUUUUUAUUAAUUACAUUAGAAUCAGUUUUUUUUUUAUUUGAAAGUUAGGAUUAGUUUUGUUAAUUUAAUUAAAACUGAUUUAUAUUUAUUUUUUAUUUUUUAUUUUUCUUUUCCUUGACACGUCAGCCUCAUUUAUCCAGUCAGCAUGCUUAUUCAUCACUCGCCGGAGCGAGGACCUGCUCCAGACUUAUUGCAAACGAGAGGACCCAAAUUUAUAAAUUUUCUAGGGAGGGACUAAUUUCAGACGGCGAGACAAAUACAGGGGCCAAGUAGACGAUUAACCCUAAAUAAUUUUUUUAGCAUAAAAUGUUUAAAAGUUAACUCAAAAGAAAUUUUUGAC